AUGUCCUUUCAUGGAAAUAAUCGAUUCUCACUCCUCCACACAGUCGAGAUAGUAGGCUACAGUGCUCGAAUUAUCUCCAGCACUCAGGCUCCGCUAUUCAAAGAUACCCCAUACAUCAUCCAGUCACUAUUCUUGCUCCUGGCUCCAGCCCUUUUCGCUGCCUCAAUAUAUAUGGUACUGGGUCGUCUUAUCGCAGCUCUUCACGCGGACAGAUUUUCCAUUGUGAGGAGGACUUGGAUGACUAAAAUAUUUGUGACCGGCGAUAUCUUAUCCUUUAUUGUGCAAGGCAUCGGCGGCGGUGUCAUGUACAGCGGGACGCCCUCAAACCUUUCUCUUGGCCAAAAGAUUAUCAUUGUUGGUUUGGUGAUCCAGCUUCUAUUUUUCGGCUUCUUCACAUUUGCAUCAAUCAUCUUCCACCGACGAAUGAGUGCAAAUCCGACGACAACGUCCUUAUCCAUCCAUUUUUCGUGGAGAAAACACCUUUUCGGACUCUAUAUCGCAUCUUUCCUCAUUAUGGUACGAUCGGUGUUCAGAGUCAUUGAGUAUGUGCAAGGGUCUGAUGGCGAACUCUUGAGCCGAGAGAUCUAUCUAUACAUUUUUGACGCUGCACUGAUGUGGAUCCUCAUGCUUUUGCUGAAUAUCGUACAUCCACGAGAGAUCUCGGAGCUCCUGAGGGGAGAAAAGAGCUUAAACUCCGUUGAUCUGGAAAGACAACCUGAAAGUGUCAAGUUAACGAGAGUCCGCGAUAUAAUUCCCAAUACUCGUCCUACUUCCUUUACUGAGACAGCAUACGCACGACACGCCAUUGCCACCAGGGGCCUUGCUUGA